CAUCAAAACGAGCACACCCAAAAUAGGCAAAGCCACCCUUAGCCAGAGCUAAAAUAACGGAGCCGAGCGAGAGAGAGGACAACAACGUAUUUCCACCAAAUUAAUAUCAAAACCCACAAGAAAACCAUUGGAUCAGGGUCCAUGAUGGGAAGGUUGUGUGAUUUCGCUCUUCUUUCCCUUGUUGUUGUGUUUCUUCUAAACACUGAAUCAACAUGGGCUAAAAGGGGAAGCAGCAGCAGUGGAAGAAAAACGUCAUCCACAAAAACACAACCUAAGCCACCAUCUCAGCCAGCAAAUUACCCUCGGCAGCCCCAGAAUCCAAAUAGAAACAGCAACCCAUAUCCUGCUGGCGGAAGUUACCCAGCUGGCGGAAGUUAUCCAGCAGCGGGCAAACCUAACGCAGGAGGAGUUCCCAGGCAAAACCCCCCGAAUUAUCCAGGAGUCGCUAGUAACCCAAACCAGCAGCCUGGUAGAGCCAAUCCUGCUGGUUAUCCAAACCAGAACCCUGCAGGUGGAUAUCCAGCUGGAGGUAAUUAUCCAGGCGCUGGGGGGUAUCCCAACCAAAACCCAGCAAGAGGUUAUCCAAAUCAGAAUCCAGCUGCAGGAGGCUACCCAGCAGCAGGAGGCCAAUAUCCAGGCAGAGCUGGCAACCCCGCAGGAGGAUAUCCUAACCAGCAGUAUCCAGCUGCAGGAGGUUACCCAGUCCGAGGAGGAAAUACAGGACAGGGUUAUGGUCAGCCUCCUCCAUAUCCAGGUGGUGGUUAUGGAGGCGGUGGGUAUGGAGGUGGUGGUUAUGGAGGCGGUGGUUAUGGAGGCGGUGGUUACCCAGGUGGAGCAGUCGGCGGUUACACCAACUGGAACCCAAAUAAUAAGAUCCUCAGUCCCCGCUACGGUGGAGGAGGAUACGGUGGAGGAUAUGGUGGUGGAGGAUACGGUGGUGGGAUGGGAGGCUCUCCUUUCUCCCGCUCUGUGAGUAAUAUGGGUUACCAGCCCCAAUCUUCAGGUUUUGCCAAAAAAGCCAUGAUGGCGGCAGGCGUUGGUGCUGUGGCUGGAAUGGCCGUUGGAUAUGGAUUAGGACGUUUCCCACGACCCCACUUCAAUUUCCGCAACCCUGAAGAAGAGCAACACUACAACAGCUACAUGUACCGCAAGUAUGGCACCAAAUCCACCGAUGAAAAAGAUUACGGCCGUGAUUAUGAGUACAAGCUUCCUCCACGCGCCGAGUCUUACGAGAAGUUCAUGGAGAGCUGCAUGAAUAAGACUGAUCUUCUUAAAGACCAGGCAGGCGACCAGGAUGAUGGUGACACCGUCGGCAUUGAGGAGAUUGGAUACCCAGCCCUAGUUCACCAGAUGAAGUCCAGGCGAUGUGUUGAGAAGUACAUGGAGUACUCUGAGCGCUUCCUGCAGGAACGAAAAAGAGCAGAGCAGAGAAUGGCAGAAAAUAACAGCAGCCCUCUGAGCUUGGGGAUGUUUCAACUUUUCACAUCCCUCCUGAUGCUUCUUUCCAACAUGCUCUUAUUCCAGUGAGAAGCAUUAGUGUUCCUGUUUGCAUACCCUAAAUGAAUUUCUACGUCCUCCAUUAAAUCUGCACGUCAACAUACUACUUAUGAAUAUCUUCUGGUCACAUUUAGUCAAUCCUCUAUUAUCCUCUAUAUGUGUAUAUAACCAAGUCAGUUAUAAGAAGCAGCUAUCAGUCUAAACUUCUACAGUUCGAUCAUUAGUUGUGUGUUGUACAAGCUGCACAUUUCUUUCUUGUCAAUUCUCUCAUGAAAUAGUCUUGCAUCUCUUUUUAUUUUGCACUUUUUUACUCUACAUUAUUGCACAGAUCAGUUUGUGUGACAUCUUUUUUAAUGCUACUGUAUAACCUAGGAAUAUGACACAAGGGUUUAAAUUAGGUACACAAACAUGCAACUAACAUCAUUCCACCAUUCAUACUUUUUUACUAUCAUCGCGGGCAAUUGGACAGACUGAUAUUUCAAUUGGUUAAAAUGCUUAAUCAAAGGAAAAUGUGUUUUCAUGAAAUAUAAAUGAAUGUUUAAGCCAGGGUUAACUAACUUUUACAAGCUGUGUUUUCAAAGUAGAUUUUCUGAUUGUCAUUGCAAUGUGCUGGGGAGUUGAUCACUUCCAAAUAAUGUAAGUUUGGUAAUUGGAACAAACAGAGAGAUAAAUGAUACAGCUUUUUUUUUUUUUAAAGCCCAAAAGAAGAUAUGUUAUACCAGAAAGGAGAAAUAAAUGUCUGGUAAUGGACAGUGAGAUGCAUUUAAAUGUCAUAAAAUAAGGAAUGAGACAUUUUGAUUGGCCCUAAUUGUGUUUGCAAAUUGAAUCAAGCUUCCCUUAUGAACACAAAAUGCUGUUAACCAUAAUGGAAAAUGUUGAAGUGCAUUUCCGUUUAGAUAAAUGGCUUACCAUUACAAACUCACGUGUGGGCAGUCAGCGGAAGACUGAAGAUGUCCCAAAAGCAAAGCCCCACCCUUCUCAGGAACAUAACACCUACAAAUUGCUUCUGUGUUGCCUGUAAAUUAAUGUACUGCAUGUUUUAGCCCUAGGCUGUCAGUGAGCAUGAAUCUUUCGAUGUGCAGCCAUUAGCGGUGAAGUGAUGUGGCUUUCUGUCUGCAGCUGUCGAGAUCAAUUUCUUGAGCAUUGCGCCUGAUGCUUUAAAACUGUGCCGUGCUACAUGCUGGGAUUUGAGGUUUCGAACAGAUAAUGUCUACAACAAUUCAAUACGUUCAUCAUAAAUUAUGUUGUUUGAAUUUUGGAUUUCCAUGUUUCCAGGCUAUCCAUCUUCCCGCAUUAUAACAGUCACAUUUUGGGUGUUGGCAAAUCUGUAAAUACCUCGGUUGAAUUUUCACAAAUUCAAGCUUCCCCUGGCUUUUUAUGAUCUUUGACUCUCCAGGAAUUAAACUUCUGCUCUGAUUUUGCUCCCACUGUAAGUUUGUGUACUAGUAAUUUCUCUUACUGUCCCAGCUUAUUUUAUUACAUCUGACAGUUUUAAAUAUUUCUGGUUCCUUGGUUUUAUAAUGCACUUUGUGAUGAUGUUUCAAAAGAUUGUACUGUAAAUGAAGUUUGCAGGAAGGGAGUUUCAACCAAGUAAAUGUUCAGUUUAUGGACAAAACUGUCCCUGUACAGUUCAGAGUAUUGACAGUACUGUGUUCUGUCUGUUAUUGGUAUGUUAAUCACGCUAUGUUUAGUGUGUAGUAACCAAGAAAAUGAAUUGAAUACUGUCCAAAUGUUGACAGUCUAUCUGGAAGUGAUAUGCACUGUUGUAUUGUGAUUUAUUUGUAUUGUUUUGAUCUCAGUUAGUUUGUUAUCAUACUGCUUUUUUUUCUUUUCUUGAUUCUAGCAAUGUUGAUUAUAAAUUAAUUUAACAUUUUCAUACUGUUUAGACUGUAGAAUAUCUGUAAAGUGCACUUAUUUCACUUAGGUUUAGAUAUUCUGUAACUGCGUCACGGAGCUCAUACAGGAAGUGCAGAGAUCUAAAUCUCCCUGUUUUGACUUGCGGUUGUUAACGCUUUGGAUUACUAACAUGAUUUAAUAUUGUUUGUCAUGGAUGUUUAUGUGUUAAAUAAAAUAAGUAACAAACU